AAUUUAAUACGAAAAUGCAAUUUUAACAUUGCUUUUAACUUCCAAAAAGAAACGUCAAAUCGCAACUUUAAAGUGAUUUUUCGAAAUAAAGAUGAAUUAAAAAUUGGUGAGGUAAGAAUUUUAGAGGAUGAAGGGUUGUAUGUGUGCGAAUCAAAAAUUCUUUAUAAAAAUGUAAUAGAACGGAGAUUAAUGAAGGAGGAGGCGAAAUGGUUUAAUUGCGAUGGUAAUCUUAAAUUAAUUGAUAACCCCCAAUUAAAUUUAAGUUAUAAGCCGCAAGAAGCGGAGGUUAUUGAGACAAAUUAUGUUUUACCAGAUCAAAAUGGUUGUAUUAAAGAAACCCCGGAUAUUUUUGUAUGCAAGUCGAACAUUUUGUUGUUAAAUAUUACGCAAUUAAAAUUUAAUCACCACCCAUUGUUUAGUUUAGAACAUAUUUUUCAUAAAAAAUUAUUGUUUUAUUACGAAAAAUUUCACGAAAGAAAAAUCAGCAACAAAUUAGAAGUUAUAAUGAAUCGAUUAGAAAGCUUAAGAAGAUCACGAGAUGCAAUGAAUAUUAACGGAUCUGGGGAAAAUGUAGCUCAACACGUAGAAGAAAUCAAAAAAUUACGAAAUAAAUUAAUUUUAGAAUCAUCUGAGUUAAGGGGAUUAACUAAAAAUAUCUUGAGGAAUUGGAAAAAUAUAAAAAUGAUUCGGAAGAAGAAAGGGUACUCAAACACUAACGUGAGUUUAAUAAUUUAUAAAGAAAAAUCGAACUAUUCUGUCGAUAUAGAACAACAAAGACGAGAAAUUGAAAACAUGAUAACCGAAAUAGCAAACGAAAUGAAAUUCGAUUACCAAAAUAAACUGGAUGAAUACCGCGAUGAUUUGGCAAAGUGGAAAUUGAAUAAAUCCGAAGAUAAAAAACCGAAAAAACCAAUCAUCGAUAUAGACGAAGAUGAUAUUCGCCACGAAGUUUUAGCAACAUUCAAAGAGGCUUUUCGCCCCCCGGGAGAACCAAUUCUAACUUUUAAAAUAACUAAUAACAAUUUGAUUACAAACGAAAUCGAAGAUAAAAACGAAAAUUUGCGACGACAAGCUUUAAAAGCAACCAAACUUUAUUUCAAAAUUAUUUACAACAACACCGAGGCGUUCAAAUCAAAAUCGAUUGACUUAAACGAUGAGUUUCUUUGCAAUUUCGAAGAGGCUUUCUCAUUAAAAGUAAACGACUUCCCCGAUAGGGUCAUCAUGGAGUUGUAUGAAAUCCCGGGAUCUUUAUCGAAAAGAAAAAUAGCUGAGAUAUGCCUAAAGUUGCCUCACUUAAAAAAUAGGUAUCAACAAGAAAAUAUUGAUGAAUUCUUAAAGGAGGAAUUGAUUCAUUACAAACACGAAGGAACCGGAAGUGGAAUUGAAUUAGAAGAAGUAACAAAAGAUUUAGAAUUAAAUUUAGAUGAAAAUUAUCUUUUAAAUACUUGUGGGAGUAUUAAUUACCACAUAAAUUGGGAUGAAUCAAAAAUUAGCGAAAUUAAAGAAGAUAAUUUUACUCACAGCAAUGUUUUAGAUGAAAAAGGAGAAAUCGAUUCGAAAAAAUUAUCGGAUUGGGUCAAAAACGUCAAAAUCGAUCCUUUAAACCCACAUAAUUCUUUUAUAUUUGAAUAUCUCGAAUCCGGAUUAAACGAUGUUUGUGAAACGCCUAAAUCUCAAUUUCGGUGUAACCCAGAAAUGAAAAAAUUAUCUUUUUAUAGUCCAGAAAAAAUUAAUUCAAACUUACGCUUCCAAGUGUUACAAUUAAGGAAUAAAAAUGAACCGGAAUUUCUUGGAAUGUACGUCCCAAAUAGAUUAAAAGAAAUCCCCGAAAAUAUUUUAACGAAUCAUAAUCAAAGAAAAAAGCAAGAAAGGACCUUAUCGGCUGAUAGCGAAGAUGAUAACGUUGAUGCAAAAAGAUUGCAUGGAAUUCGGUGUUUAAAACAAUUACACACAAAAGUGUAUCAACAAUGUAGAUCUUCACAAAAUAAUUUGACUUACGAGAAUAUAGUCGAUGAAAGAUUAAUAUCGUAUUUCCAGAAUUUAACCAAAACCUUGUUAUUUAAUUUCUUAAAUUGGUUUAAAAUUCGACCGGGAAUGAAUAAACCUUUGCCGAAAUUGGCGAUUGAACAACGUGGGGAAGGGGAAAUAACACCACUUUGUAAACAAUCCUCAUCAAAAAUAAUCGUUGAAGUUUUAUCUGCUACUAAUAUACCGCACAAAGUUCUUGUGAAGAAACAAAGUAGAACACGAUCUAGUAGCGAAAUUCUUGAAGAACCUAAGGUUUAUAUUGAAGUUACUUAUGAAGGGAUGACUUUAGGUACUUCUGUUCAAGAAGGAAUUAAUCCUAAUUGGAACCAAAAACUUAUGUUUCCUUUAAGAUCUAAACAUAUUGAUUAUCUCAAUCCAAAUGCAUUAAAUGGAGUUGUAGUUAUAAAUAUAUGGAAUGAAACUGAGUUGAAAGGCUCCGAUUCAAAAAGUAACGAUUGGUUGGGAAAUAUACGAAUUCCGAUAGCAUCUAUUGCUCAUACAGAAAAGCUAAGUGGAUUCUUUAAAGUAAAUUCUCCCUUGCUUUUAAAUUAUGAACACCACAUCAUCCACAUCCAAUUAAAUAUCUGGAUGGAACCAAACUUUCCAAAAUUCAUCUUAGAUUUGGAAACCAUCUCAACAAGCGAACCAGCAUACUUACACAAACACAUUUUUAAUUGGAAUAAAAUUUAUAAUGCAAGUUACCCUCACCGACAAUUCUCAUCAAUGGUUAUUGAUUAUUAUGGAAAAACAAUCUGUUUAACAAGAUUUAUAAAACCGUUAGAACCCCCUCAAACGAACGUUUUAGGCCAUUUCGAAACGACUCCCGAACAAUGCGCAAGAUUUGUCCAAUUAAUCCCCUUUAUUGAAUGCAAUAAACUUUAUAAUAACGUAUGUUUAUGCGUAGAGGAAAUGUUAAAACUAUCUAUUGGAACAAUUUUAGACCACGCGAUUACGUUAACAUGUUACAUAAUCGCGUUAAACAUUGAUGCUUGGCUUUUACUUGGACACGGUGUGCCAAAUGGGCAAACAGCUUACGUUUUAAUACGUGAAAACAAUAUUAAUCAAAUAUUUGAUGUAACUACGGGGAAUAAGUACGAUAUAAUAGAUCCUUUUUGUCCCUUACAAAGAGUAUUUUGCGUAAUUAAUGAAGAAAAUAUUUGGGCAAAUACGCAAAGGACAAACGAUUUAAAUCUAACCCAAUUCGAUUUUAAUAAAAGAUCCGAUUGGUCGCCGUUAUUUAACAAUCAAGUUUCGGCUCCUACGAAUUCAAUUCAAAAGAAGAUUAUUUAUACGCAAAAUAAUGUAGCAGAAGAGCUUGAAGUACAAUUAGAGAGUAAACUUAAGAAGAAAAUUAUGAAAUAUAGAAAGACUGCGAGAACUAUUUGGAAUCAUACUUUAUCGAAUUAUUUUAAGCAACACAUGGAGAGUUUAGAAGAUAAUACUAUGUAUUCAAAGCAUGAUAUUUCUCAUUUACGAAAUACUGAUUAUACACAACAGGUACACGGAUUUAUAAUCAACUUACCUUAUUGCAAUUCAACGAUACUUUUUGAGAAGAUAAAGUCGUCGAAAGUGUUCAAUGUGGAUACUCCGAGCAAAGAUUUCGUUAUUGCCCUGCACUUACAUGAAUACCCAAAUGAAAUACUUGCGGUUUGGAUCUUGAUUGGAUUUGUUUUACCUAGAUAAUAUAUAAUUGUACAUCCUUAUAUAUUAAAUAUAAAUAAAAAUUUUUACUUACAGAGUA